AUGAAGGGCAGGCUCUCGUCGCCACUGGAAGAGCAGGUGUGCCGUGCCCUCGACAUCCCUCUCGCACGUCUCCCGAAGCGGCUGGAGACGAUGCACUACGUCGUCGAGUAUGGCAAAGAAGAGGGGCACGACGCCAUGCUCUUGGAGCUCGCGAGGCUGGACUUUGACUUGAUCAGGUUUCUUCACCUCAGGGAGCUGAAGGACCUGCCACUGUGGUGGAAGGAUCUCUAUGGCAAUGUGAAACUAAACUACGCCCGAGACAGGUUAGUGGAGAACUACUUCUGGACGUGUGGGGUGUUCCAUGAGGAGGAAUACUCUCGUGCACGAAUGCUGUUUGCCAAGACAUUCGGGUUGCUGUCCUUGAUGGAUGAUACAUACGAUGUGUAUGCUAUACGUUGGGAUGAAAGCACUGCUUCCAUUCUUCCAGAAUACAUGAAAAUGUUCUACAUCAAUCUUGUGAGGAACUUUCAAGAGUUUGAGCAUAGUUUGCAGCCAAAUGAGAAGUACCGCGUCUCCUAUGCAAAGCAAGCGUUUAAACUGUCAUCAAAGUACUAUCUGGACGAGGCCAAAUGGUGCAGUGAGAAAUAUGCGCCGAGCUUCAAGAAGCGCAUGGAGGUGUCUGUCAUGUCGUCAGGGUUCCCGACACUAGCCGUGGUGCUGCUUAUGGGUGCAAGUGACACGGCGACCAGGGAGGCGUUCCAGUGGGCGAUCGGCGUCCCGGACGUGGUCAGCGCCAGUGGAGAGGUCGCUCGUUUCCUCAACGACUUCGCUUCGUACAAGAAGGGGAAGAACAAGAAGGACGUGGCGAGCUCCGUGGAAUGCUACGCCAAGGAGCACGGCACGUCAGGGGAGGCGGCGGUGACCGCGAUCGCGGGGAUGGCGGAGCACGCGUGGAGGGCGAUUAACCGGUCGUGCAUGGAGAUGGAUAGCGCGCUGUUGCCGGCCGCGCAGCUGGUGGUGAACCUGACCAAGACGCUGGAGGUCAUAUACCUUGGCGGCAGAGAUGCCUACACCUUUGCUGCCGAUCUCAAGGAUCUCGUCGUCUCCCUCUUUCUCAACGGCCCUACUGUUUGA